GGUAGCAUAUAUUCGCAGAUGUCGUCGUCAUGGCGCUAAUGUGGGGGAAGGCCAGAUUGUGAAAGGCCCACCCUUAAUUUGUGCUGCCGGACGAGAACAGCUGAACGAUGUCCAUUCUGAGCCUCACCAAAGGACGCAUAACACGUCGGGCCGUCUUUGUUCUGAGUCUUCGCCAUGCGGUAGCAAAAGUUGUCUCUCCACCAGUUGUCACCUGUACACACAUUUUCGCGUCAAAACGAGCCUGCAAGCACCGGUUGUGAAGGCAAGAGGCCAGCAAUUGUCACAGUCACCUGACCGGAGGCAACGGGGAUUGGAGUGGGCAGAUGAAUGUGGCCUUAAAUCUCUUUGUCACGCUAUUUUUGCGAUGGGCAAUCUUGACAGGCAUACACUUCACAGUGGCUGGUGGCCCUUCGCCUUCCCAUUGGCUUGGUUCAUGCUGCACGUUGAUUGGUUCACCUGUCUGCCUUCUUAUUGGCUCACGGAAUACGGAUCGAUGCCUACCAUAUAG